UUGGCUAUUGAAGACACAAAAUGCUACGACAAAAAAAAAUUAGCCGCAUGCAAAGUCUGGAAGCUCGCUAGGGCCCCGAAGUUCGAAUCGCGAGUCGGCCCUUUUUUCCACACAGUCCGAGACUGCAGGGCCAGGUGCCUGCCUCGAAGGGAGCCGCUCUAGGACAUUUUUGCAGGAGGGCAAAGCACGGUGUGCUCUCAAAGGGGAGCAGGGUUUUUGUACGGACGGGGAACGCUACAAGUGCAGAGAGCAACUGCCGCGCGGCCGUCUGACAGGUUGACGAAAUUUUGGGUUCGAUAUUCGGAGUUUGAUUCUUUGUCGAAAUGAGCUCUGCGAGUGGAAGGACGUUGUUGGCCCGGUUCUUGACGCCGGACGGCGAGCAAGUAGGGCCGGCCAUGUCAGUCCCGGAAACCAUAACAGCCUCCAAGUUGUCGCUUCUCCUGAACAAGCACAUCUUGAAAAACCCCGAGCAGCUGCCGUACAAUUUUUACCUUCAAGAUGAGGGGAUUUCCUCAACGUUGAUUGAGACGCUAGAGAGAGUCAGAAAGAGCGAGUCGGGCAAGGCCGCUACGAAGGAAGGAGCGAGUGGUCUUUCGGAGGAAUCGAUUUUGAAGAUCGUUUACGAGCCUCAGGCAAUCUUUCGAGUUCGGAGGAUGACUCGAUGCAGCAGCUCUCUUCCAGGACACACAGAGGCAAUUUUGAGCGUACAAUACAGCCCCGAUGGAAAGAGGUUGGCGACUGCGUCUGGGGACACAACCGUUCGACUUUGGGAUUCCGACACGGAAACGCCAUAUAGCGAGUGUCGCGGACACACAAACUGGGUGCUGUGUGUGAGAUGGAGUCCGGACGGUAGGUGGGUGGCGUCCGGAAGUAUGGACAAGACAGUGCGUCUUUGGAACCCGAGAACGGGAGAAAUGUGUGGUGUUAUGUCGGGGCAUUCUCAGUUUGUGACUGCACUAGAUUGGGAGCCGCUUCACGUAAAUUCGGCUUGUCGUCGACUAGUGAGCGCUUCCAAAGAUGGUCAAGCUAAAGUUUGGGACGUCGUCCAACAGAAGUGCUUGUUCUCGCUGACGUCGCACACAAUGAGCGUAACGAGCGUAAGGUGGGGAGGAGAGGGACUCAUCUACACUGCGAGUCAAGACCGCACGAUUAAAGUUUGGUCGGCUUCCGACGGCCGACUAGUUCGAAACUUGGUCGGCCACGGGCAUUGGGUCAAUACGCUUUCUCUGAAUACAGAUUACGCGCUGCGAACUGGCGCCUACGAUCACACCGGUCGAGAGUACUCGAGCUUGAAGGAGAGCCAAGAAAGAGCUCUCCAGCGCUGGACCGAAGUCAAGGGAAAGGGCUCGGAAAUCCUGGCCAGCGGAUCGGACGAUACCACCGUAUAUCUCUGGGCCCCGGGACAAAGCGACAAGCCCAUCAAACGACUCACCGGACACGCCAGACUCAUCAACAUCGUCAGCUGGAGUCCGAACGGAAGGCACAUUGUGACGGCCUCGUUCGACAAAAACUUGAAGCUGUGGACUCAGAGCGGAAAAUUCGUCGCCAGCUUCCGAGGACACGUCGGAGAGGUCUACCAAGUUUCUUGGUCUUCAGACAGCAGACUCCUGGUCUCCGGAUCCAAAGACUCCACUCUCAAGGUGUGGGACAUAGAAACAAAAAAACUCGCGGAAGAACUGCCCGGACACGCGGACGAAGUUUACGCCGUGGAUUGGGCACCGGACGGACAACACGUCGCAAGCGGCUCCAAAGACAGGCUGUUAAAAAUAUGGGCGAGCUAAAAAAAACCGUUUACACAAACGCGUGCGCAUUAAAAACCAUUUGAGCCACAGAAAUUGUGUUUUUAAGCGUUCAAACGGUAACUUUCUGCAUUACUUGCUCCUCGUUUUCCCUCUUGGCCAGCUCCAAAUCUCUCUUUAUGGCCUCCAAAUCUAUUUGUCCGAGCCUUGCUCUGAGCUCGGAGUACCUCUCUUCAAGUUCUAGUCCCUCGCGCUUCAAGCGUCCGUUCUUCUCCGACAACUCAAUCAGCUGGUCAAAUAACCGGUCGAGCGCCCGCAGCUCGUCGUAUAUAAGCUUUGCCCGCGAUUUUUUCUUGAUCUCUACCAAAAUUUUUUCCUCUGCGCUAAAGUAGCUGCGCUGAAUCAUCUCCAUGAGCCCGUUCACCUCUCUUUUGACUUCGAGAAGAUGCUCGGCGUUUUUAAAAAGCUCGAGGUUUUGUCGCUCAAUGCUCUUCAGUAAAUUCAUGAUGCACGCUAUGUACACCUCGCGACUGCUCUUAGAAGAACUUUCGUACAUGCGAGACAAGUUGCUCAUUUCGCGAUCCAACUCGGCCAGCUUCUGAGUCAGUGACCUGACCGACCCUCUCAGCUGGUCUGCAUGCUCUUCUUUUUCUAGCCUUACGCUUUCUUGCUGUGAAGCCAAUGCACGAGCUUCUCGAUAGCGCUCAAUAAAACCUAGACGAGAAUUUUCCCAA